UACUCUUUAAAAUUUGCCUAAGCUGUGACUGAGCGGAAGUGACUGGUUUGUGUUUCUGCUCGUUUCCUGUUUCUCGUCGCACAGUGAGCUGCUAUUCUGAAGGCCAUUUCUUGAGCUCAGAUCAUAUUUUGCUUACAAAAUAUGGCUUGAAAGAUGAAUUGGCUUUACAGUAAAACGCUCGGGUCCAUUGGCUCAUGCUGUAUAGACACUUUGCCCUGGCCGUUCCAUUCCUUCUUUCAGAGAAACCUUCUGGCCCUACCAGGAGAGCCAGGAAAUCCACUGGAGUCCAGUGCGACUGAAAGUGGGAAACAGAGCCGUUCUUGCCUGUCAGCCAGCCCAGUGAUGGAAGAAGAAGGGUGUGAACACAGCCUCCAGAAGAAUCCCACAAGGCAGUUGCCCCUGGACCCUGGACAAGAAUUGACAAAAGAUCUGAAGGAGAAAAAGCUCACUCCAAAGAGACUGCAGCUCCUUCUGGUGGGGAAGACAGGAAGUGGGAAAAGUGCAACAGGAAACAGCAUCCUUGGCAGGCAAGUAUUUGAGUCCAAAAUCAGCGCUCGACCAGUGACCAUGGCAUUCCAGAAAGGCAGCAGGGAGUUGGAGGGGAAGGAACUUGAGGUGAUCGACACCCCAGAUAUUUUGUCACCUCAGAACCAGCCUGAGGCAACAGCUAAGAAGAUCUGUGACAUCUUGGCCUCACCAGGGCCUCAUGCAGUGCUCCUGGUGAUACAGGUAGGCCGGUACACCACAGAGGAUCAGGAGGCUGCCAGGUGCCUCCAGGAGAUCUUUGGAAACGGGAUCCUGGCUUACACUAUUCUGGUGUUCACCCGGAAGGAAGAACUGGCCGAGGGCUCUUUAGAAGAAUAUAUUAAAGAGAACAACAAUAAGACCCUGGAUGCUCUGGAUGUUGCAUGUGAGAGACGCCAUUGUGGCUUCAACAACAGGGCACAAGGGGAUGAGCAGGAGGCCCAGUUGCAGAAACUUAUGGAGGAAAUUGAGUCGAUCUUGUGGGAAAAUGAGGGCCAUUGUUACACCAUGGAACUUCCAAAUGUCUCCAGCAAAACCCUUUAACCCAAUAGCAAGGGUCUGAGGAGGCCACCCUUAAAGAGUCCUGACUAGAAAGGCUGUCCCAGAUUCAGAUGGCCUCUGAGAAGGUACUGAUGCAGAGGGCAUCCAGAUGAGCCCAAGCUGGCCAUAAGCAGGAGUGUCUUAGUCAGUGUUCUAUUGCUAUGAAGAAACACCAUGACCAUGGCAACUCUUACAAAAGAAAGCAUUUUAUUGGGCCUUGCUUACAGUGUCAGAGGCUUAGCCCAUUAUCAUCAUGGCCUAA